AUGCCGGAUUAUCGAGGGCUGGUGGAUGAGUUUGUUGCCAAGCUUAACAAACGUAAAGUGGAGGGAUCACAGGCAACUGCUCGGCUCACAGCAGAGUUGCUUCGUUCUGUGGUGUCGCUGCAAAAGCUGCCUUGCAAGAACCAGGCUUCGGUGCUCAUCGAGUCUGUGAGGAGCGUAGGCGUGCAGUUAAUUGCAGCAAAUCCCAUUGAGUUGGCUGUUGGGAAUAUUGUGAGACGUGUCCUGCAUAUAAUUAGAGAGGAGGAUGUUUCUAUUCUGACUAGUAAUACUGGGGAUUUAAAUUUAUCGACUGAGAGUGGUGAUGAAGAAAUUGAGCAAGAUAACAAUCCAUCGUCUUUUGCCGCUUCCAUUGCUGAUAUUUAUAGAAGUUCUUUAUGUGCUCCAUCAUUACAUGCCCUUCUAGAGGAUGCGCCAAGCACCAAAGCCCCUUGUCGUAUAUACACUUCUGGGGUAGAUUCUGAAGAGAAAGAUGAUAAACAUUCAUUGAGCCGCAAGUUAAAGCAUUUCGUUAUUGAGGCAAUCAAAACACUAAUUGGAGAUAUUGAUAGUUGUCAUGAUCAAAUUGCUCAAGAGGCUGUAGAGCAUAUUCAUCAAAAUGAAGUAAUAUUGACAUUUGGCCGCUCAAGAACUGUUCUCAAGUUUCUGCGUGCUGCAAAAGAGAUAAAAGGAUCAUUCAAGGUUUUCAUUGCAGAGGGUGCACCAAGAUGCCAGGGGCAUGUACUUGCAAAAGAACUGGCUGGACAGGGCUUAAAAUCUACAGUAAUUGGUGAUGCUGCUGUUUUUGCAAUUAUUGCUCGAGUGAACCUGGUUAUAGUCGGAGUUCAUGCGGUGAUGGCCAAUGGUGGAGUCAUAGCACCUAUCGGGAUGCAUAUGGUUGCACUUGCAGCUCACAAGCACGCAAUUCCAUUUGUUGUGGUUGCUGGUAUUCACAAACUAUGCCCAUUGUACCCGCACAAUCAAGAGGUAUCACUGAAUGAAAUGAGAAGCCCAUCUGAAUUACUAGAAUUUGGGAAAUUCUCCAACUUCAUGGAUUAUAGUACUGGAGUUGGGGCUCCUCCUCUUCAUGUUGCAAAUCCCACAUUUGACUAUGUGCCUCCAGAGCUUGUUAGCCUUCUCAUCACUGAUGUGUACUGCAAAGAGGAGGAAAUUCUAAAAUUGGAAAAUCGGCUGUGGACGUCAAAUGUUGUAAAGAAACUGGUAUGCCUCACCGAGAAUGCCUAUAGUAUUCAUGUUUAG